UUUUCGAUCUCAACCGUGGAUUUCACAACCAUUCCCCUUACCUUAUCCAUCUUUUUUCCCCCGGAACCCUGUCUCCUCACUUCUCCCCGUCGUCCGAUGCCGCAUUUCUCCGAUCUCCCUUCGUCGAUCGGCCGGCCGCCGGCCGGGGUUCCACCCCAACGGCUGGAGAAGCAUCUGUCCGGUGGUGAUUUUCCAUGUCCCUCGACAUCUACUGUUGGCUUCACCGGCGGCUGUGCCAAGCAGCUCUCUUCCUUUCUCCUUUUUCUUCUUCUUCGGCGUGAAUCGGAGCACGGAUAAACCCGGCGAUUUCAUGGAGGCGGAACCCUAGCUCUUCUCUCAAUGUGAGCUAGCUAGUUGCCAUUGUUCUGAGACCCACAAGCGUCCUUGUCUUGGGUGGAACAACAAACUACGCAAAAGGUGUUCUAUAUAUAUAAGACGAUGCAGUACUGUAUAUAGGUAGAUAGAGCCACCAUUGCAGCAAGCAAUGGAGAUCAACCCAGCUGCUACUAAAGUCGAUGCAUCGGCUCUCUACGAUGCAGCGAUGAGAGGCGACACCGAAACCCUGCAGGGCUUGCUCCAGAGAGACAGCCUGAUCCUCAAGAAAUUCCCACUCUCUUCCUUCACCGAAACCCCUCUACACAUCUCGGUCCUGGCUGGCCACCUCGACUUCAGCAGGGCGCUUCUGCAUCAUAAUCCUGGGAUGGCCAUGGAAGGGGACGCGUCCAAUUGUACCCCGCUUCACUUGGCUUCUGCUGCUGGCCACACAGAGAUCGUCGGGGCUUUGCUGAGUAGUGAAGGAGGCUCGGAUGCUUGCUUGGUUCGCGACGAGGAUGGCAGGAUCCCUCUUCAUCUGGCGGCAAUGAGAGGCAGAAAUGAUGUCAUCAGAGAACUGAUCGGUGCGAGACCUGAGUCGUUGUUGGUGAAGCUAGAAGAUGGAGACACGGUUCUGCAUUUGUGUGUGAAGUACAACCAUCUGGAGGCCAUGAAGAUACUGGUUGAAAUGAGUAGCAGCGGCAAGAAGGGUAUGAUUGAAUCCAUCAUCUGCUCCGGAGAUGGCGAAGGGAACACCAUUUUACAUGCAGCUGCCAUGUUCAAGCAGGUUCAGACCACAAGUUACCUAACUUCACUACCUAGCAUGGGAGCAGCAGUGAAUUCUUUGAAUGGGUUUGGCUCCACAGCUUUGGAUUGCCUAGAGCUGUCUCCCAAAGACUUCAAGAGCCUACGGAUCCGAGACCUUCUGGUGGAUGCAGGCGGUAAAAGAGCCAAGGAGUUGACGACUUCCGCUUAUCAUCAUCAUCUUCCACCACCAAAUCCUUCACUACCGAUAUCCCCUGCCACCAAUAAGUGCUGCAAACCAAUCAAAUCGAUGUGCCGGCGUUUCAAGAAGUUCCUGCAGUACGAUACCGAGUGGAUCAAAGAUAUGAAAGGAACGCUCCUGAUCGUGGCUACCCUCAUAGCACAAAUGAGCUUCCAAGCUGCAAACAACCCACCAGGUGGCGUGUGGCAACAGAACUUCAAUAGCCCUACUGAGGGCUUCCGCUGCAACGCAACCCACCCGUGCACAGCCGGGACUUCAGUUUAUGCUUACACCGAGACAGAUUUCUACUAUUAUUUCAUGGGACUGAACACGGCGGCAUUUGGUGCAUCUCUGUGUGUCAUCCUUUUGAUCGUCGGCGGGUUCCCUCUGAAGAACAAGUUCGUUAUCUGGCUACUGGCUCAGGCUAUGUGCACAGCCCUUGAUUGUAUGACGUUUGCUUUUAUAAUUGCUGCAGUUUUGGUGUCUCCGACUAAGGAUGAUAUACGUUCUGAAGUCGCGUGGAUAGCGGUGAUUCUUCUGGCAGUCUGGCUGCUGGCUUCUCUGGUGAUUACUCUGCUCGACACGCUUCGGAUUGUUAUCUGGAUUUGGAGCAAAUUGUGGAAGGUCGGAGCAAGAGCAUCGAGCUGCUGUUGUUCAAGGGAGGAGCAGAGCUACAAUGCUGUCUAAAGCAUGGCGUUAUUUAAGCUGUACUAUAGCAUGAAUGAUUCUCUGUUUCUGGGGAUUCUCUGUUUCUGAUGAAUUCUGUGUUUAAAUUUGAAUACGCGUGUGCUUGUUUGUCUUUUUGUUUCGUUUAUACUGUAAAGAUCAUAUCAUUCCAAGGAGUAGCAGCUUCUAUGACGAAAAGAUUGCAUCUUUGUAACCUUUUGACUUAUGUUUGUAAUAGUGCCGGUAGUUGUUAACAUAUUGGUUGAUGUUAUAAACAAAAAGUUGCUAUUGGUGGAUAAUUGAAA